CUCAUAGGCCUCCGGUACCUGGUACCUGGGUAUACCAUACGGUACCAGUACCGGUAUCAGACGCACCUCUCACGUUGUCGCGACUUAGCCACCAAACGGUAUGCAUAACCGGUACCGGUACCUGGUACCGGUACGGGGCACCAUCAGCAACGACGCCCCGGUCUUCAUCAUACAGUCGUAGUCAGUUGGAUCCCGUGUUAAGAAUGCUAAUGAAUGCUGUUUCAGCUCAUGUGUGGUACCUUCCGAAAUUUCGAAUCGCGUGUGCAAAGAAUGGUUCUCGCCAACUUUGAAAGGGGCUCAACUGCAGGAGGAAAGACGCUGUGAAGUCCCUAACGGGCACUCGCGGAAGCACUUUCUGCUCGUUGCUGAUUUCGAGAGAUGGACAGUCGAUGCGAUCUCCAUUCGCUGCCAGAACGAUGGAGAUAAAAUCCCUUCCUAUUAGCUAAUUGGAGUGAGCGGAAAGAGCAACCAUGGCAACAGAAGCACGUCGCCGUCGAACAAAGCAGCAAAGUCUUCCAAUUAUACAUUUCUAUGAGGAGUUCGUAAAGACUACUUCCACCAGGAACGGCACCAAAGCUUUGGCCGACCAUGACACAGGGCUCGCCACGAGAGACGUUCUUGCACGCAGACGAAGAUCUCGGGCCAUGUCAACGGAUGCCACCGAUGGCCGCGGCAGGUCGUCACCUGACAUUCUCACCACGGAAAGCAUCACAAUCACGAACGGUCCAAUAUCAGGCCCAGUGUCACCAUUGACUCCAAACAAACCGAGGUCGAGGCGUCCCACUCGAAUUCCAUCGUUGCAGAAAACAUCAGCGAAAGGCACACAGAGUCAGACUGGCAAGACGCCACCGACCAAGAGACUCACAUUGUACGAACGAUCGCAGCUUGGCCUGAAAGAACGAGAAAAGAAGAUAAAGAGCAUACGAGAUGAGCUCAUGAAGGAAUGCACCUUUAAACCUAACACAGCGAAUACAAUCAAACAAAAGGCAGGCGGAAAGAAAAAGAUGAAGCGGUCGCCGCAACAGUCGACAAGAUCAGGGGACAAGUCGUCGAGUACAACCCCAACGACGGCCUCGACGCACACAACGACGACUACUUCGACCCGUCAGUAUUGGCAAGACUUUCAACGAAGCCACCAGCAACAGCCAACAUCUGAUGCAUCCUCGAAAGAUGGGAGUAAAACUAGUCUGACAACCAAAUCACUUAGAUUUGAGGAGCUCUAUAAGGAGGGGCUCCGAAAAGCUCGGCAACGGCCUGCCACAGAAAAGGCUGAGCAGGAGCUACGCAAUAAACGGUUGGAGGAGGAGCAGAUGCGCGAAUGCACCUUCAAACCAAAGUUGUAUUGGGGAAAGAAGAUUCCAACAACGAGAAGAAAGCCACUAGUGAACAUUACCCAGAGCCAAAACAACGAUAACUUGCAACGACGGGGGCCAACGGCUCCGCGUAGUCUCAGUCCCCGCCGAAAAUUGAUCUUUGAAACCCCACCGGAGCAGAAGAAGAGCAGCAUAUGUCCGAAAAGUCCUCCCGUUCAAGCGCCGGUCAAGGGUAACUCAUUGCUGGAUGUUGGGUUUCGCCCCAUUCCUGUGGGCGGAGCCAAUUCGCUUGAUGAUGAGGGUAGCUGUAGUAUCGGCAGCCUCAGCUUGCUUCGAAGACAUCAUGAUAUUAUGCGAGAACGGAGAGCGGACGAUGUGUGUUCCCCCGUUCCACCGCUCCCGCUUGAGAUCAUUACGACAGGUGUGGCGCCCAUGUCUCCGCCCCCAUGGUCGACCGUGCUGUACAGCAGUAGACGCGAUGACAACAGCCCUAUGGAAUUCCGGAGGACACUGGGCAUUGAAGUCGACGCUGAAGAUGGUGAAAAGUCGCCACUCGGCCCUCGAGUCAUCUUUUGCGGGACCACAGUUGGAGGGGACAGCAUCGCAGCCCAAACACAGCGAACUGAAUAUGGAUCUAUUUGAAGAGGAAGAUGGCAACGUAGAUAAUCAAAAAAUAGCGGCCGUUAUGUG